UCUUCAAAAAUGCAGCUUUUGAUAAUCCUCCUUCAUAUUGUUUAUUACUAUACUUCAUUUUCAGUAGCAGCUCCUUGUAGCAUUACCAGCGCACUGGGUGACAAUGUCAUCAUCCCAAUCAAAUACGACAGCCUGAGAAAGGAUGAUCAUUUGAAAUGGACACAUAACUCUGAGAAAAUGUACUCUGACAAAGGACGUCACAACGUGAAAGACAACAAGCUCAACAUUAAAUCCGAUGGAUCCCUUAUAAUAAACAAUGUUAAGUCGACAGAUUAUGGGGACUAUACAGUUACUGUUCAUAGCAGUCAUGGUACACACCGUCAUGAAAUAACCCAGGUCCUUUGCAAGGCAUCUAUCCAAGAACCAGUGAAGAAACCUGAAGUGGAUUCUACAUGUAAGGGCCCGGGGGCUUUCCCAGUCUUGACAUGCAAACAUGGAGGUCGCAAAGAAUUGGAUGUGAUAUGGCACAGGAACGGCAAAAAAGUGGUUCCACAGAAAGACAAAACUCUGAUUCUGACAUCAGAUAUUUUCAAAGAUGGAGAUGAAUACUCUUGCACAGUCAACAAUCAAGUCAGUGAUCAAGUCCAACCUCGAUGCCCAGGUGCAGGCCAAACAAAGAACACACUCAGAGUGACAUAUAAAUGUGACAAAGCCACUGUGACCAUGACAUGUGUAGGUACUACUGGAGUGGCUUUCUCAUGGAGCCGCAAUGGCAAGACACAUCACGGAAAAGAAAACACAACCCUGGUUUUAAACCUAACAGAAUUGAAGUCAAAUGAUCAUUUCUCUUGUGUUGCUCAAAAUGGACCCAAUCUGACUAGUCAAUAUGUGAGGCCUUCUUGCCCCUUGCCAACCUCAGAUGGAAUUUUUGGCAUUCCUUUUUGGCUGUUCGUGUUGAUUUGCGCUGGAGGAGGCCUGAUUGUUUUCCUAACCAUCCUCAGUAUCGUGUGCUGCAUUUGCAAACAUAAAAAGAGACGAGAGAGAGAAAGGGAACUGAGACUGGUCAACCUGUCCAACGUGCCUAGCCAGCCAACAGACCAGACUCCCCUGAAAGCGCCCCGGAGAGAUCGAGGGCCGCUGCCUGAGAUCCCAAAACCCAGAGUGAGGCCGGCUCACUUACCCAACAACAGCCAAACUGGACAAGGUCUCGUUCAGAACAAUUAUAUGCACAUGAAAUGAUGAACAUUGGCCUAAUGAAUUCACUGACAUUUCACUGACUAUGUGAUACACAUUGUAUUUGUUCACGAUUGUAUCACUAAAACAUGCCCAGUCAUGAUCUACACUUUUGAUGUUAGUCAAUGAUGUAGGCCAGGGGUGUCAAACUCAGGCCCGGGGGCCAAGUCUGGCCCGCGGAGUCACUUUAUUUGGCCCGCGAGAUAAUUUCAAAUGUGUAUUUCAGUUGGAAAUUUGGUGUUUCUCAGAAGUAUGAGCGGGCCCAGGCUAAUGACACAGCUCACACUCCUAUGCAAUACAAUAUGUGCCAGUGUGUGUGAAAUUUAAGUAUGAGUAAGUGCGUGCCUGCAGGAUUUUAGUCCAUUUAUUACAAAUAAAUCUUGAGUUCGGCCCUCGACUUCGUACCAUAUUUUUAUUCUGGCCCUCGGUCAAUUUGAGUUUGACACCCCUAAUGUAGGCCUAAUUCAAAUCAGUAUGCCAAUGGCAUUUUACCUCCACCAAAAGAGACUGUGUUAUGUAUCAGUCAUUAUGUAUAUUACGCUUUUUCAUCUAUCAAAAUAAAUAUUUCUGUUCAUUUAGCUUUUCUUACUAUGAAUAUCUAAUGCCUUUGCAAAGGUGCAUUAGUGAAAUACUGAUUCCAUUGUGUGCAUUGUUAUACUUUGUUCCUUCUGAAGUGUCAUUAAUUUUGCACAUU